AUGGCCGAGCCCUCAGAGCGAUGGGAACGGGAACGGCCGAGCCCUCAGAGCCCCGGGAGCGGGAAAGGCUAUGGCCGAGCUCUCAGAGCGAUGGGAACGGGAACAGCCGGGCCCUCAGAGCCCCGGGAGCGGGAUUUGUCUCCUGACAUAAUGAAAUCUGCAUACAGGAUCUAUGGGUCAUCUUCAGGAUCAGUUAUAUCUUCACUCGGACUAUGUGGAUGUGAUGUGGAUGAGGUAAAGGAAUAUUUCCUCAGUCAUCUAAAAACCUCUUUCUGGGGCCUGGUCCCUGGAAGAGGGAUACAGAGACUAUUAAAGGAUGCCUUACAAAAAUUCCUGCCUCCAAAUGCUCACGAGCUGUUGUCUGGAAAGCUGCACAUUGUCCUCACCCGUCUGCACGACUGGAGAAAUGUGACAGUAUCUGACUUUGCCUCGAAGGAGGAGCUGAUUCAGGCUGUGAUGUGCAGCUGCUAUGUCCCGGUGUAUUUUGGUUUCUCCCCUCCAACAUACCGUGGGGUGCGCUACGUGGACGGGGAGCUGGCCAUGUGGAGAGCCAACUUCGUGUCCCGCUCCACCAUCACCAUCUCUGCCUUCGCCGGUGAAUAUGAUAUCUGCCCCAGGGAUGGCCCAGCUGCCUUCUUGACCUUCCAGCUCGCUGAUUGUAUCAUGCAGAUCUCAAAAAUGAACAUCUGCCGAUUAAAGAACAUUUUAUUGGUUCCUAAACGUCAGGUCAUGGACCGCUUUCUUAUCGAGGGCUACCAGGAUACGGUCUCCUUCCUAAAGAGACUGAGGGAUUUCCAGGUGAAUUACUUUGAGGGCUUCACACUUUCCUUGGCCAAUGAAUCCAUUCAGAAAGGUGAGGAGACCCUGCUCCUGAAGCCACAAAUGAGGGUUCUUCACUCAAGAGCCACUGAUCGUGAGGAUGACACCGCAGAGAACUCAGGGAUCAGCCAGCAAAAGAUGAAGAAGAGGAAGCCCCACACCCCUUCUCCACCCCCAGCAAGGGCCAGCUCGGCCACAGAAGAGCAUUUCUGAGCCCGCUGCUGCCUUUGGUCCCAGGUUACGCUUUAAAGAGGCAAUGAGCAACUUGGAACCCAGCCUGAAGGCUGAGCCUGACCUGCCCUGAGGAGCACAUGGACUGUGCCAGCAAUGCCACAGCACAGGCAGGGCCACAGCCCCUGGAUGAUUCCCAUGAUCCACCUCUAGAGGAGGCAUUCCAGGCUGCUCCUAUCCCCACUGGUGCAGCUGGGCUUCCCACUUUGUUUCCUUAGGGUGAAACAAGCUCCUGCACAAGAUGAUUCCAAUCAAUGCCUAGCUUUGCCUCUAUCUAUUGCCUCUGACACAACCUUGGUUGCCAUUAGCUCCAAGCUCAUGUCUCCAAGAGGAGACAGCAUCAGCCAUGCUUGCUUGAAAAGAUGAGAGAUUAAUAAAGCAAAACCCAGCUGAUUUGAAUACUGAA